UUUUUUUUAUAUAACCUUUAAAUUAAUUUAGAAUCCAGAUAAGCCUUGAUCUGAGGAUGAUAUAACCACAGCAAGCAACAUGGGAACCUCUAGAAAAAUCAGAAAGACUUCACAAAACAUGGUGUGAUGUCUACUGGUGGAGACAGGCCACGAGGUCCAGAGAAGAAGGGGUGGCCUGAUCCAGGGACAAUGAAGAUGGAAUGCUGAAGAGUAAGGUGGAGGAAAGAAGCAACAGGCACCAUGGAAAAGACCAAAACAAAGCAAGGAGAGAAUGAACAUAUACCAAUGAAUAAUCCUUCCACACAGAUUUACCAGGCUUCGAAGUACAAGUCUUCCCUGAACCUGCCUCCAGUGGGAGCCCGUCUCCAGCGGCAGGAUGGAGGGAUCAUAACCUCUCUAGAGCAGCUUCAUGAAAAAAUCAACGAGAUGAGGAACGUGUUCAACUCGCUGGAGAACAAGUUGCAGGCCUUGGCCUCUGAACUGAAAACUGGCUUCACAGAAGCAAUGCAAGAACUGUCCAGAAUUCAACAUGGCGAGUAUGCUUUGGAAGAGAAGGUUAAGAGUUGCCGAUGUUCCAUGGAAGAAAAAGUUACUGAGAUGAAGAAUUCGUUAAACUAUUUCAAGGAAGAGCUGAGCAAUGCCAUGUCAAUGAUUCAGGCUAUCACUUCCAAACAGGAAGAAAUGCAACAGAAAAUUGAACAGCUUCAGCAGGAAAAGCGAAGAGAAUCUCGGAAAGUUAAAGCCAAGAAAACUCAAAAAGAAGAACAUGGCUCACAGGCGGGGCCUGCUCAAGCACAAGGAAGUCCUUUCCGUUCAAUCAAUAUCCCUGAACCUGUUCUUCCAAGUGAAGACUUUACAAACCUUUUGCCUUCUCAGGCCUAUGAAAAAGCUCAAGAGUCCCGAUCCAUGCAUGUAGGAGACAGUAAUGUGAAGGGGAUGAUGGGUCCUGGAAUGAACCCAACAACUCCUGAAGCGGAAGAAAACCUUAAGCCUUGCCUUUCGGCUGAUAUCCAGCCCAAGGGCCAUCUCUCAUCUGGUGUGUGGAGGCAGCCCAAGGAUGGUAAAGAAUGGGGAGAGGAAUAUGUCACGAAAGACCACCCAGAUAAACUCAAGGACGCUGGUCAGCCCAGGCACAGUUCUCUGGAAAAUGUUUUAUGCGAAACCUCUUUAGCUGCUAAAAGACAGACCGUGGCUCUAGAACUGCUUGAAUCGGAAAGAAAAUACGUCAUCAACAUCUCUCUGAUCCUGAAGAUCAAGGCAACGUUCCAAGGGUCAGAUGGAAAGAGGAAUUCCAAAGAGAGAAGCCUCUUCCCUGGUUCUUUACGGUACCUUGUCCAGCAGCACCUCGAUUUGCUCCAUGCUCUGCAGGAAAGGGUCCUGAAGUGGCCACGCCAAGGAGUUCUUGGAGAUUUAUUCCUUAAAUUAACAAAUGAUGAGAAUAAUUUCUUGGAUUAUUAUGUUGCCUACCUGAGGGACCUACCUGAAUGCAUCUCUUUGGUUCAUGUUGUUGUUCUGAAGGAGGGUGACGAAGAGAUUAAAUCUGACAUCUACACACUGUUUUUUCACAUAGUCCAGCGCAUCCCUGAAUAUCUGAUACAUCUACAGAAUGUCCUGAAGUUCACAGAGCAGGAACACCCUGACUAUUACCUACUUCUGGUGUGUGUUCAGCGCCUUCGAGUAUUUAUCUCGCAUUACACCCUGCUGUUUCAAUGCAAUGAGGAUUUGCUUAUACAGAAACGGAAAAAGCUCAAGAAGUCAUCCAUGGCGAAGCUGUACAAAGGCCUGGCUUCCCAGUGUGCAAACACUGGACAAGAUGCUUCCCCCACUGCAGGCCCUGAGGCUGUCCGCGACAGCGGUAUCCACUCAGAAGAGAUGCUGCAACCCUACCCUUCUGCUCCCAGCUCUGGCCCUGCUGUCACACAUUUGAUGCCCCCAGUGAAGAAAAGCCAACAACAGCAAAGCUUGAUGGAGAGCAUGCAGCCCGGGAAGCCCAGCGAGUGGGAGAUGGAGGGCAGAAAGCACGAGAGGCCCGAGAGCCUCCUGGCGCCAGCGCAGUUCUGUGCAGCCGAGCAGGACGUGAAGGCGCUGGCCGGGCCCCUGCAGGCCAUCCCCGAGAUGGACUUCGAGCCCUCGCCCGCCGAGCCGCUGGGCAACGUGGAGCGCUCCCUGCGCGCCCCGGCCGAGCUCCUGCCCGACGCCCGCGGCUUCGUGCCCGCGGGCUACGAGGAGUUCGAGUACGGCGGCGAGAUCUUCGCGCUGCCCGCGCCCUACGACGAGGAGCCGUUCCAGGCCCCGGCCCUCUUCGAGAACUGCUCGCCCGCCUCUUCCGAGUCCAGCCUGGACAUCUGCUUCCUCCGGCCCGUCAGCUUCGCCAUGGAGGCCGAGCGGCCCGAGCACCCGCUGCAGCCGCUGCCCAAGAGCGCCACGUCGCCGGCGGGCAGCAGCGGCGCCUACAAGCUGGAGGCGGCGGCGCAGGCGCACGGCAAGGCCAAGCCGCUGAGCCGCUCGCUCAAGGAGUUCCCGCGCGCGCCGCCCGCCGAGGGCGUGGCCCCGCGCCUCUACAGCACGCGCAGCAGCAGCGGCGGCCGCGCGCCGCUCAAGGCCGAGCGCGCCGCGCAGCCGCACGGCCAGGCCGCCGCCGCCGCAGCGGCGGCCGCAGCCCGCGGCGCGCCCAGGACCUUCUUCCCCCAACAGAGGUCCCAAAGCGAAAAGCAGACCUAUUUGGAAGUAAGGAGGGAGAUGCAUUUAGAAGAUACCACCAGAUUCUGUCCAAAGGAAGAAAGAGAGAGCGAACAGACCUCUUUCAGCGAUCAAAACCCCAGGCAAGACCAGAAAGGGGGCUUUCGCAGCUCCUUCCGCAAGCUCUUUAAAAAGAAGGGCUUGUUUGGCUGGUGGCCCCACACACCCAGAAUGCUGCUUCGGGAUGAAGCUAGGCAUGGAGCCAGAUGCAACAGAAAACCUGAGAAAGGGUUCUCUUCCCUCUGAGGCUGGGAGGGCCGAAUGAAUGCUCAUACCCACAAGGAUUCAAAAGGGAGAGUCAAGUUGACAUCAUUAAAAAAAAAAAUCCUGAAAAACACCCAAGAUAUUUGGGGAAAAGAAUGAUGCUCUGAUUAUUUCUAUCUCAGGCACAUUUGUCCUGGGUAGAUACCAGGUCACAUGUCCCUGAAAGCUGCCCAGAAUUGAUCAGCAUAAAGACUAUACGUAUCUAAAGCUUGAAAAUGUUAAGUGACUUUAAAAUUUUUUAAUGCAGAUCCUUAGAAGCCAGAAACAGACCUAAUGUGAUAGGCUAAUGCUGCACUGAUUCCUUAUUUCCCUGCCUUUGAUCAGGGAGUAAGGCAAACUCCAUUCUAAAAGGCUGUACAUGGAGGCUGUCAAAGACAUAUCUAGACUAUUCUGAAAUGUGAGGCAAAUGCUACUUUAUACAUAAAUCCUGCACUUACUUUAGUAAGUAUUCUUGGUUAGGGGUGUGGCAUGGAGGAAGAGGAUUAUAUAAGGCAGUUUAGGGGUAGAAUGUAGAUGCUCUUUUUUUUUUGGGAGAGUAGAAGAAAAAGAAUAUGGCUUCCAAAUGACUAAUUCUCCUUCCUUACCCAUUCCCUUCCUCUUUAACACUUUAUAACUUACAUACCUCAGUGUCUCCUCCCUGCACCAAUCACAUCAAAAUCCAUUAAUCAUGCACACGCACACACACACACAUUUAAUUCUACAGCACCCCCAUUUAAUUGAACGUCAGUGAAUUCUCUUCUUUUGGUGACUUAUCAGUUGUUUUAGUAUAUGCCCAACCUGGGCAGUGGAAAAGAUCAUGUCAUUGAAAGCAGGACUCCUAAAGAUUUAAUUGAUAAUUUUACCCUCACCUUCUUCUUUGCCUCCUCAAAGCCUAUCUCAAGUCCUUCUCCUAUUCUUACCCACUGUGGGUUUCUCUCUCAUUUCCCAUCUCAUUUCCCUACAUAACUUUAAAAUUGAAGGAGGUGAUUAAAGGCAUAACAUUUUAGAUUACUUAAACCUCAUUACAAAUUUUUCUUAAUAGGUCAUUUGAAAUCAAUCACUAAGUCAGUGUACUAGGUUCUGUCCAGCACUAAAGAAGUAAAAGAAAUAGUUCUCGCCCAUUAGAAGCUUACCGUUCAGAUGUAAGGGUAACCUAGCUGAAGGUUCAGUACCUAGAGGAUAUUAAGCACUCAAAAGACAUAUAUUAAAUGAGUGCUCAUUGUGUUACCCUGUUGAUUACUAGGGCUGACUCAUUUGGCUGACAGGAUGGUGUUCCCCUGCUCCCUUACUUUUCCAUGUGCUCCUAAAGCUUUCACAGUGAACAAUCUUUCCAAUCAGAAAACCAGCCCUUCUUAGGUCAGAGGGUUCCAAGGCGCUGGAUUCUACCCCUCCUCCCUUUCCAAGCUCCAGACAAACUUUCAAGGCUUAUUUGUAGCAAAUCUGUACUUGUAUAAUGUACCCAGCUUGUUAUUUUCUUUGUGUGGACUGAGUGGAAGGGAACUUAGCAACAGGUUGUUCUCUUUCCAUCAAACACUUGGAUGGCUAUGUGUCCCAAUGUACUGGCAGCCAUUGUACCCUGGUCCAGCAAGUGUUUGCCUGCCUGUCCCUCCAGUGUCUGCUCAGAUCUGCCCUGCAUUCAACCAGAAUGGCCCCAGGAGCUCAAAAGCCAUUCCUGUUUUAUAGAUAAAGGGAAUAAAAGCAAAUACGCUGGCCAUUUCUCCUAGAUUCUGUAGGUAUUUCCCAGUAAUUUAGGUACACAUUACAUCAGAGCCUCAUAGCCACACAUUUGGAAGAGUCCAAGUGACCACAUACCAUGUAAGCAUGUAAAGAGAUCAGUUAAAAUUACCUUUACAAGGGUAAAAAUAAGCUUAUAGUUCUGGCUACCGUAGAAUGCUGGAUUUUGAGAAGGAUUAGUAAGUUAGCCAUUAGUUAAUUAAUAGUUACUAUCGAGAAAUGCACACACCUGGAGACACAGAGAAGGCGGUUUGUGAGAAGAGCGGUUAAAAAAAGAAAAUACUAAGCUGAGUUUGUGGACUUUGAAAACUAGACAGGGCGAU